GGGAAUUUUGGAUUACAGUGUAUUAGAAUCUUUAAAUCUACAGAAAUCUUUGGUUUAAAAUGAACAGGAGAUAAGAUGAGCUUUGAGGCCACUCCCAACCAUGAUUCCAUGGCCCUGCACCCCAAAUGAGAAAUCCUCCUGUACUGUGCAAGGCUCAUCUUGCUCUUUCCUGGCUUUCUAAACUUCAUCUUCAAGAGUGACCAAAAUAUUGAUUUUACAGCUCUUUCUCUUCCUCUUCCCCUUUUCCUUCCUCCUCUGGUCUGCACCCAUUUCCACCUGGAUCCCUCCCACUCCUCACAGGAGCUCUGCUAUCACCUUCUCCCUGGAGUGUUUUUACCCACUAUAAAAUAAAAUAAAUCUAUGACCAUUCAUGUUUCCUCCUCCUGAUGAAGAAACUGAGGCACGGGAAGGGGAAAUGAAGCCAAGACAACAAAAAUCCCCCAAGAUUUUUACGGGAAGUCGGGAGCCACUCUGGCUCCCCGUCAGCAUCUCUGCCUUCUCUCCCUGAGGAAUUCGCUAUUUAUAGCUCCGUUCCGUUAGAACGUAAUCAAAACCAUCCUCUCUCCAUACGAGAACUCAUCCAGCGGCACUGACCCUCCCUGGGGGAAAACUUCCCGAGAUUUGCGAUUCAGCCGCCCGAAAACGCCUCUGCAAGAGGGAAACGGGGAAAGUUCCAGCGCACGGCUCGGGCUCAGCGCUCAGCCCGGGGCUGCUCCGCACAACCCGGGGAGGUUUUCUCAUCACCAACGGGUUCCCUCCCACGGUACCGAGGAGCUUUGCUCGGCUCAGCCCCCCCGAGUCAUUUCCUGCCUUCUCGGGGACCGAAAGCGCCGCGGAGCAGGAGCGGAGCCGCUCCCGCAGCCGGCACCCAGCGCAGGACGAUGAAUUUCUGCAUCGCGGUGCUCCUGGUCCUUCAGUCCUUGCCGGGGAAGGCGGAGGUCGAGGAUGAGGAGGAGAUCGCCCCGGAUUUAUUUGAAUACAUGACUCAUUUAAGUGAUUACUAUUAUUCCACAGAAGAUUAUUACUAUGAUAACGUCACAGCAACCCCUGCCACGUACGUGUACGAGUUUGAUUCAUAUGAGACAAACACCACUGGAGACAUAGAUUAUGACAAGUUUUUUCCAGAAUGGAAUGACACCACUGAGCUUUCAGGAUUACCUGACAUAAAUGUUCCAGGGGAUGCCAAGGCCACUCCAGGGGAUGCCAAGGACACUCAGGAUUUUCAGGAGUCAUUGGGAUCGUCCCUGCAGGGCCACCUCACCCUCAUCAUCCUCCUCAGCUUCCUGGGUCUCCUGCUAUGACCCCCAGACUCCUCCUCCCAAGGUACUCUGGGAUUCCAACAGUCCAAGUGUGUCCUUUAACCCAGGGGAAUGCAAUUCUUUCUGAAGCAGCAACUUUC